AUGGCUCCCACCGCUACUUUGUACGAUCCUUCGCAAUACAACGAAGAACACAACAGCCGCACCGCCUCGGGAGCGUUAACUGUCAAUAAGCAGAACCAGCAGGUGGCGAAGUACCCGGAAUUCUUACCCACUUGGAACCCGCUGCAGAAGUUUGCUCCCCUUGAGUAUUUCUCUCAUUUCGAUAAAGGGGCGUUGGGCGACGCUGAGUUUAAGCACUUGUUGAAGUAUGCUGACGGCGAUGCUUUCAAAAACCGCCGUAUCACCCCUAAAUUCGGUACCGAAUUGAGAGGGUUACAACUUUCCGAGCUUGAUGAUGAUGCUAAGAAUGAUUUGGCCCUCUUGGUCGCACAACGAGGGGUGGUCGUGUUCCGGGACCAGGACUUUGCCUCGCGAGGGCCCGAGUUUGCCCGCGAGUUCGGGUCCUAUUUUGGUCCUCUCCAUGUCCACCCGACCCUGGGUACUCCCGAAGGUUACCCCGAGCUCCACGUCACGUUCAGAGGCGCCUCCAAGCUGGAAUUGGACAAGGCGUUUGCCACGCGCAACAACAACAUCGGGUGGCACUCCGACGUGUCCUACGAGCUCAACCCGCCGCAAAUCACUUUCUUCACCGUCCUCCAAGGCCCCGAACUGGGUGGAGAUACCAUUUUCGCCGAUACCGUCGAAGCAUACAAGCGUUUAAGUCCCGCCAUGCAAAAGAUGAUUGAAGGUUUACACGUAUUGCACACCUCAGCCGACCAGGCCCACGCCAACAAGUCGGCUGGCGGCAUCACCCGCCGCGAGGCCGUUUCAAAUAUCCACCCGUUGGUGAGAACCCACCCCGUAACCGGCGAAAAGUUCUUGUUCUUAAACCGCGAGUUUGGCCGGCGGAUCAUCGAGUUGAAACAAGAGGAACUGGACAACUUGUUGGAGUUCUUGUUCCGCCACGUCGAGCAGGCCCACGACUUGCAGUUGCGGGCCAACUGGGAGCCCAACACCGUGGUGUUGUGGGACAACCGCCGCACCGUCCACCUGGCAGUGAUCGACUGGGACACCCCCGUCGUCCGCCACGCGUUCCGCCUCAGCCCCCAAGGGGAGCGGCCUGUCGAGGACUUGAAGGACUUGAACGACCCGGACUACUUGCAAGACAGGUACGCCGAGAUCGCCCAGUUUGUGUAG